UUCGCCGAGGUAGUCGUUCACUCACUCUCAGAGCGGCAGUAUAGCGUUGAAAUCGGCACUGAGACAAGGUGACAGUUCGAAACGGCCAGCUAAUUAUUGAAGGCACCCUGGGAGCUGAGUGAAGUCCUCCUCCUCUCCGUCCACCUCCUCUUCCUCACCUGCCUUCCUCCCCUCGGCCGGGGAGCCUGCUGCCAUGUGGCGGUGUGUCUGACCCAUGGGGCCCGCGCCCGUGACUCUGUCCAAAUUGAAGCUGGGGAAGCUAAAGGUGGUGCGGCGGCAGCUGCUGCAGCGCUAUGAGCACCAGCCCUUCGUCUCCUGCCUGGCCGGCCUCUACGGCUGCCAAUGGAGGCGCUACCAGCGGGCACGCGCCCAGCCCGGGGAGUGCUGCUGCAGCAGGUUGGAGUGUGGCAGCUUCGGCAUGCUCAUUGUGACGUUCUUCCUGUCCUUGGUAUUCCUGUACUUCUGGAGCGAGGCACAGAACGACUACGAUGAUUUCGAUUGGUUUAACUUUGGGAACCUGGGCUUCUGGUUCCCCUGGUCAGUUGUGCUGCUGGUGGUGGCUGCAGGCCUCUUCACCUACAUCGCCAUCCUGCUGCUCCUGGCAGUGUGCCUGCUCUCCGAGGGACAGAGGCUCUACCUGCACUGGAGCCACAAGAUUGGCAUCCUGGUGACCCUCACCUUCUCCAUCAGCGCCACGGCGGUGCUGUCUGACCUGUGGAGCCGGCAGUGGAGGACGCUCCUGCUCUCUCUGCAGGUGACGGCACCUUUCCUCCACCUGGGCGGGGUGUCUCUGAUGACCCUGCUGUCGUGGCCGGUCGCCCUGCACUUCUUCCGCAUGAAUAAAAGAGUGCGGCAGGUAGCUAUCCUGGGGCUCUAUCUGGCCGUCCUGUUUGCCUUAUACCUGGUGCCCCUGGGCAUGUACUCUCCCUGCAUUAAAGAGGAGGGCACCCUGGGCCCAGCACCAACUCUCCUCGGACACAGAGGAGCUCCCAUGGUUGCACCAGAGAACACGCAGCUGUCCUUUGAGAAGGCAGUGGAGGCGGGGGGAGAUGGCCUGGAGACUGACGUCACCAUCAGCUAUGAUGGCGUGCCUUUCCUCAUGCAUGACCGGACUCUACGGCGGACCACCAACGUUCGUGAGGUCUUCCCCAACCGCACAGACAUGCCGGCAGCCAUGUUCACCUGGGCAGAGUUGGAGAUGCUAGACGCUGGUUCCUGGUUCCUACAGCGGGACCCAUUUGGUACCGCCUGGUCCCUGAGCCCGGAGGAGCAGGAGCUGACGCAGAACCAGACGGUUCCCUCGCUGAAAGAGUUCCUGAACCUGGCGGCCCGCCACGGGAGCCUGGUGAUCUUUGACCUGCACAGGCCGCCAAGGGGCCACCCGUACCGGGACACGUGGAUUACGCGCACUCUGGAGGUUCUGCACAAUGAGUCCUACAUCAACUCCAGCCAGGUGCUGUGGCUGCCGUCGGAGCAGCGGGUGCUGGUGCAGGAGCUGGACCCCGAGCUGCAGCAGACGUCGGGCAGCCGCGGCUCCAUCGAGGAGCUGCAGGAGGACCACAUCGUGCGGCUCAACCUCCACUACAGCUCCAUGUCUCAGGAGCAGAUCAGUAAGUACGCGUCGGUGAACAUCUCCACCAACCUGUAUGUGGUCAGUCAGCCGUGGCUCUACUCCCUGGCCUGGUGCGCCGGCGUCCACUCUGUCACCACCAACGCCAUGCACAUCCUGAAGAACAUGCAGCGGCCACUCUUCCUCAUGACUCCAGAGCAGUACAGCCUGAUGUGGAUAUUAACCGAUGCCGUGUCUGUUGUCUUCAUCAUUCUGGUCUUUGCUUUCCACUGGUGGCGUGAGAGAUGCUUGCCUUUCUGGUCAGGCAGCAGGCAGGUACACGAGAAUGGACCCUACAGCAAAUUCAGGACAGCGGAACUGAGCGACGUGUGGUCCGUGUCCAGCAUGAGUGUGCGUGGCGAGGCCCACAUCCUGCCCAACGCGGCCAAUCUGCCCACCAUCCCCGAGGAGCCCCUCGUCUGAGAGAGGGGGAGAGAGAGAGCAGGGGGAGAACGAGAGAGAGAGGAAGAAAGAUAGAGGGGGGAAGCCUUAUGGUGAAGGAGAGGAGCAAUCCUUUACUGGGCUCUUUCUCUCUCUCUCGGUCUCUGUUGUUCCUCUAACUCUGCACCGUCUCAAAAAAUGGACUUUGACGUGUGUGGAAAUCCUUGUGUACAAAUACCACUGCAUUUGAGAUGAGACUGAGGAGAAGCUGGAGAGAUCCUUGUCUGUACACUUGGCCUGGCCAUUGACAUGACUGAUGCUGAAAGCCUGAAUGAACUCUCUGAGAGAAAUAAAUUAACUUUGGCAUCAUCUCUAUGAAAAAAGCAGGCUCGCCUGCUGAUUCGGUCACAGUGCCCCCAGUGGACAGAUCUGGUAUCAUUCUGCGAUAGACAAGUAUGUCGGUGAGAGAGAAAACAGGAGGAAUGUAAUGGACUCAGUCUUAAAACAAAAGUAUAUAUUUUUCCUAAAUGUAUAAAACAUCAGCAAAUGUGUAUGCCAGUUAUAUUUUACAUGUGGUUGAAUGAAUGGAAACAUUACUGUUUCAGUGGAGACCAGGUUUUACAAGAAAAGGAUUUUAUCAUUGAUGACUUUAUGACUCAUUUAUUGUGAAUGUACUUUAUCAAGUGCUGCCAUUUCUAGCAUGCAAGCUAAUGCAAGUGCAACAUCCAGAGGCUUCUGCUGCUUUGAUUGUAUUCUAUCUGUCACCUGAGAGCAAUUACGGUAGCCAAAACUCAAAAGGGUAUGGACACUUUUUAUGUUUUGGCCUUUUGAUGAGGGAACUGCAGUACAAGUGCCAUAAAGAGAAAAUUAAUGCUGAGGAAAAAAACCUGAGCCCCACAUGAGAUGAAAGCGCUCAUGUUGGGUGUGCUUUCUAGAACGUUCCGAAUUGCUCCGCUAACUUUUCCUGGUACAAUCUGUAGAAUGGAACACACAAGAGCGAUGCACCAAGGCUCUUCAGAGGAGGUCUGUUAGGGUCCAAAUCACAGCAUUACAUGUCCCAAACUCAACAUUGCUCUCAGUGUUCUUCAAGCCAGCAAUGCUUCAACAACAAUCUACCAGACUGAUGAAGCAUACUGUAUGAAUUAUACAGCAGGACAAUCAGGACAAUAUCUGAUGGAAAGGAACUUAGAAUGGCCACAUGACAGGACUACAGAACAUUAGAACAGCCACAUAACAGGACUACAGAACAUAAGGCAUUACAAUGUUUAGAUGGUUCUACCUUGACUGUCACUGUCACUGUCACUGAAGUCGAGGCGAUAUUCACAAUGGAGUCUCACUUGCAAUGUUGUGUUUAUUUCUCUGUGAUGUCUGCAGUACUAUGAGGUGUACCUGCAGAGACAAGCAGUUUUGUUUCUGGUCUUUGACAAAGUGACGGCUCUGUUAUUCACCAAGAGAGGAAACAGUAACCAAGGGGUGUGUGUGUGUGUGUGUGUGUGUGUGUGUGUGUGUGUGUGUGUGUGUGUGUGUGUGUGUGUGUGUGUGUGUGUAGUUCAGAUUCCAGCAGAGUGCUUGUGAAGCAACAGGAAUAUCUCCUCUGCACCUGAGGCACUUUCUCAUGUAAGCUGCUAAAUACACAAAAUGAAUUUGAUACAUUGUGUUGUGUCAUUACUGUAUGCCCUGAUCCAUACUGCCAUCUUCUCCAGCAAACCUAAAGAUUCUGUAGCAUUGUUGACAGUACAAAAUGUAUUGGCCAUACUGAUUUUAUUUAUUUAAUCUGUCUUUAUGUUAUUUUACUGUACUCUUUUAUGACUAUAAAUGUUAUGUAAAUGUUUCAAAAAAGACUUUCUCUAAAGCAA